CGCGAGCCAACUUUCUGCCAUCCUCACUUUCCAUGUUUUCGCAGCCAUCAAACUCCAUCCCAACAAUUAACCGGCGACCACAAUCACGAACCACUCGACAACCACAUGUUCCGUUUUCAGUAGUCACGUUCUAACCCGGCCCAUCGAUACUACCUAGUCGUAAACCGAGACUACCAUCGACUGACUGUCUAGCCGACUGGAGUCACCCAUAUCUACUCUCGUAGGCCCAUCAAAGCGAGAAUCAGACAGGAAAGCAGACGUGGCACUCGACCAGGUAUCGAUUCACAGACUCCUCCGCCAACAAGCCCCGUCGGUUGCGCCCAGGGCUCAUCGUCAUGAAGUUCGGCGAACAGCUCCGCUCCAGCAUCAUCCGCGAAUACCAGUGGUACUACAUCGACUAUGACGGCCUCAAGGCCGACCUGAAGCGCCCCAGCGGCCCCCAUGGCGAGUGGACAGAGGAGGAUGAGAAACGCUUCGUCAGCAAGCUCGAGGCCGAGCUCGACAAGGUCCACACCAAGCAGCAGGUCAAGGCCAUGGAGAUCUCGAGGAGGAUAGCCGUCAGCGAGCGCGAAGUCAAAGAUGUCGUCAACCGUCUGCAGGAACGGGGGCUGAACGAAGAAGGGCCGUCCGAGGAGGAGUUCAUGCUGCUGGAGGAGGAUCUAAGCGACAUCAUUGCCGAGGUCCACGACCUUGCCAAGUUCGUCCAGGUCAACUAUACCGGUUUCUACAAGAUCAUCAAGAAGCACGACAAGAUGACAGGAUGGCGCUUGAAGCCUGUGUUUGACGCACGUCUCAAGGCCAAGCCAUUCUACAAGGAGAACUACGACGCGGCCGUCGUGAAGCUGUCCAAGCUGUACGAUUUGGUCAGGACAAGAGGCAACCCCGUCAAGGGCGACAGUUCUGCCGGCGGAAGCCAAGGUAGCUUCGUCCGACACACCACCAAAUACUGGGUGCACCCCGACAACGUGACCGAGCUCAAGUUGAUCAUCCUCAAGCAUCUGCCUGUUCUGGUCUUCAACCCGAGCAAAGAGUUUGAGGAGGCCGACUCGGCCAUCUCAUCCAUCUACUACGACAACCCCGAGACCUUUGAGCUUUACGAGGGUCGGUUGAAGAAGACGGAAGGUGCUGAGGCCAUUCGUCUGCGAUGGUACGGUGGCAUGCAAACCGAGACCAUCUUUGUUGAACGGAAAACCCACAGAGAAGAUUGGACGGGCGAAAAGUCCGUCAAGGCUCGUUUCGCCCUGAAGGAAAAGCUCGUCAACCCUUACUUGCGCGGCGAGCUCCUCCCCUCGGCCAUCUUCGAAAAGGCGCGCAAGGAAGGAAAGAAGUCCGAAAAGGCCAUUGCUGAAGACGAGCGUCUCGCCGCCGAGAUCCAGUACUCUGUCCUCAAGAAGAAGUUGAAGCCUGUUGUCCGCUCCUUCUACCACCGCACGGCCUUCCAGCUCCCCGCCGACGCGCGUGUGCGCAUUUCCCUUGACACGGAGCUGACCAUGAUCCGCGAAGACAACCUGGAUGGUGUCCAGCGGUCUGGUGACAACUGGCGGCGCACGGACAUUGGCAUCGAUUGGCCUUUUCCCCAGCUUCCUCCCAGUGAUAUCUGUCGCUUCCCGUAUGCCGUUCUCGAAGUCAAAUUGCAGACACAGCUCGGCCAGGAACCGCCCGAGUGGGUCCGCCAGCUCAUCUCUAGUCACUUGGUAGAAGCCGUGCCCAAGUUCUCCAAGUUCAUCCACGGCACCGCCAGCCUCUUCCCCGAUCGCAUCCACCUCCUCCCCUACUGGUUCCCCCAGAUGGACGUGGACAUCCGCAAGCCGCCCACGCACGACUUUGGCAUCAAGCGCCUCGAAAGCUCAACCAGGACCAGCACCACCGACGUCGACGAAGACGACGAUGAGGAUUCCGACGAGGAGAACGAGACCACGACCGAAAAUCAGAACGGCGAGACCAGCGGUCAAGGCGUGACCAGAAACCGGCGGGCUCGUGGCGGUGUUACCGCUACUGACAUUGAAGACCAGACCGUUGACCAGGCUUCCAACGAGAAUACCUACCUGUACGACUCGGAGGACGAACCGGAUGAAGAUAGGCUAGAGGAGGCAAGGAGAGUCGGCGGCUGGACUUACUACUCGACUCUUUUGCAGACGCGCGCUAACGCCGCGGCGAGGGUGACGUGGUCAGUUCUCAAGGCGCUGGUGCCCAGGCCCCGAGCAUCGCAGGUACCUAGAAACGCGAACUUGGAGAGCUUGUUGGGUUCGGGCGAGAUUCAUCAAAAGAGGAUCAAGGCGCCCAAGGGCAAGAAGAUUUAUGUGCCGGUGAGGGUGGAGCCCAAGGUGUAUUUUGCUGCCGAGAGGACCUUUUUGGGAUGGCUCGAAUACUCCAUCUACAUCGGCACCAUCGCCGUCACCUUGCUCAAUUUUGGCGCCAGCGACAAGGGCGGUCGCGGAAGCUCCAUCAUCGCCGCCGGCGUAUUCACCCUGUUGGCCUUCCUCUCGCUGUGGUACGCCGUGGUGAUUUACCUCUACCGCAGCCACGCCAUCAGGACGAGAAAGGCGGCGAGGUAUUAUGAUAAGUGGGGCCCAAGCAUUCUCUGCGCGGCGCUGUUUGUGGCCGUGGUGUUGAACUUUGUGUAUGAGGGGAAGGGCAGAGGGGUUUGGUGAGACCUGGCUGGCGAGGUACACUACUAGUUUGAGACGAAAAAGUCAAAGGACAGGAAGGUUGGGUUGUAUGGUUCGGUGUUCUGGGGUUGUGGGGGGAUCGGUGAUGGACUAAAAAAAAAGAAGAAGAACUCGGGAGUUUGGAUAUUGCAUUGGACGAGUCAUGAGAAUGAGAAUGACAAGGAUCGAGAGUAUAUCAUGCAUGAUUAUAUAAGUUUGGAUAUUUGGGUACGCUAGUAUAUAUCAGUUUGGACAGUUUGCCAAGGGGGAGGUUGAGAAUGGGCAAGGUCAGCGGUUGCUUGGUGGGGGUUGAAUGUAGGUAGUUAGCGACGGCAUGAUUAGUAAAUAAAGAGAAUCGAACAUG